AUGGAUAUUGAUUUGCCUGCGCCAGCGCCUCAACAAGCCAAGAAAAAGCGCUUUGAGGUCAAAAAGUGGACCGCAGUGGCCUUCUGGACCUGGGAUCAGAACAACGAGACUUGUGCUAUCUGUAGAAACCACCUGAUGGAACCGUGUAUCGACUGCGGCAAUAACCCGAACUUUGGCGCAAACUCGAGAACAGCAACCCACACAAAGUGUCCGCGCGCUGUGGGAGUGUGCAACCACUCGUUCCACCUUCACUGCAUCGAUACAUGGAUCCAGAAAAGAAACUCGUGUCCUUUGGACAACUCAGAUUGGUCAAUUAAGGAUAUUCUCAAAGAUUAG